CUAACUUAUUUCCAGAAACCACCAAGAACAACUUAAAUUAACCAUUAUAAUUUUCUGGCCACACUAUAAUUAAUUUCUGUCCAUGUUAUUCGUCUGAGGUCCCUAUAAAUGCCUGGGAUCCAUCCAACCCAUCCGUGCCGUGUCUUUUGUCAAUUUCAACCAUCAUGGCGUCUACCAUACUGUUUCAUAUCAUGUCUAAGAUGUGAGUCCGACAAGCUGAAGGUCAGACAUGAGCAGUAAGCGUGGCUAUUUAAAUGUUGACCCUGAUUACGAAGAUGUGAGUGAGCAGCAGAAUAAGAAGCAGCGACUUAUAGAGAAGGACGCUAAAGCUGAAACCAUCCAGAAGAUUGAAAAGAUCAUUCAGAAACAGAUUACCAUCGAGAUUAAAGAGAAGGAAAAUGAACUGAAUAUUAUUGACCAGUCCAUCUAUCAGACCCGACACUUGCUGGAUCGGCUCAGGGCAUGUCUUGUUGCUAAUUAUUACUCUAAUGAUUCCAUAGGAAAUCUCCCCCAGAAACCCUAUAGCAGUGCUGUACCAUCGAUUCACCCGGCAGUGAAAAAAUACCUUGGCAAGAAACCCAGUUAUUCAGAUGAGCAGUGGCUGGAGAAGAGCCAAUGGCAGGGAACAAGUGAUCCAUCAACUGGCUUGCAGUCCACAAAUAGUUCUGGGGAUUGCUCACAGAGCUCCGUCACUGUUGCUGAGACUGGUGAUGAGUUGGGCCAAAAGAAAUCUGAUUCAUUGACCAAAUCAGAACUAGAAGUUAGUUCUGGCCGAGCCUCUCGCUUCCGUAUAAAGAAAAAACUCAUUGUUGGAAAUAUAUCCAAGUUCAUUCCACCGGAUCGCCGUGAAGAGAGUGAUCCCUCUACUCACAAAUGGCUUAUCUAUGUCCGAGGCACCAAAGAAGAACCCAACAUUAACCAUUUUGUGAAGAAAGUUUGGUUUUUCCUGCAUCCAAGUUACCGUCCUAAUGAUUUAGUUGAAGUUGUACAUCCUCCCUUUCACCUCUCCCGGCGUGGCUGGGGUGAGUUUCCUGUUCGGGUCCAGUUGCAUUUUCACGACCAAAGAAACAAGCGGGUUGAUAUAAUUCACCAUCUAAAGCUUGAUCGAACAUAUACUGGUCUGCAGACAUUUGGUGCAGAAACGACUGUUGAAAUUGAAAUUGAGAAAGGAAAACCAUCUGAGAAUGAUUCACCAGUUACAACAUCUACGUCAUCCAAUGUCUCUUGCACAACUAAAACUCAAGUCCCUGAUGAGGGAAUCCAAUCCCAAGAUUCUGGUGAAAGGACCCAAGAUUCCAGAUUGAACUCAAAUGAUAUCACGACAUCAUCUCCAAGUGAAAUAGUUUCUGCUGUAAACCCCAAAGUUGCAACAGAAAAGGAAAGCGCAACUGUUAGCGAAUUAAAGAAGGAACUUGUGUUGGAUUCCUCGAGUGUCAAAAAUGGUGUGUUGCCUAGUGAUGCUACAAAAUCACCAAGUAAAUUGAAAGUAUACAAAUUAACUGUCGGUAGUUCCUCGUCAACAGUUAACGAAGUCCCUCUGUGUUUACUGCCAGAAAACUCUGAGAGUUUUUCUCUUACCAACAGCGCCACCACUGCUCCGUUGACCGCAUCUGCAGUUUGUGGCAGUGAUGCAAAAGUGACAUGCACUGCAGCAGCAACACCACCAAUAACAGUAGCAGCAGCAUCACCAGUGAUGACUAUAGCAACAGCAUCACCAGUGAUAACGAUAACUGCUGCACCAGAGACAAUAGCUUCGUCACCGGCAGCUUCGUUAACAACAAUAACAGCAACACCAUUUACAAGUAUAACACCUGCACCAGGUGCAACAAUAACACCUGUGACAUUGACUACAACAACAACAACAACUACUACAGCAGCCACAAAUCUAACAAAACCCGUUAUUUCUUGUAAUACGACCCUUCCUUAUUUCGUCACGUUGACCUCACUUCCCAGCUCCAAGCUAUCAAUUCCCGUUGCUGCCGUUCCUGUUGCUGUGUCCAAGCAAAAGUUUGCUGCUGUUGCAUCGACGACAACAGCAGCAAGUUGCACCAGUAUUGUUGGAUCGACAGCAACGACUGCCACCAUAACAACAGCAGCCUCUGUUUUGCCCGCUACCGCUAUUUUAGCACCAAAACCUGCUAACCUUCAAGCGGCACCAGUUCCUAUGAAGGUUCAAAACUUGCAGAACCUUCCUUUCAACACUCUGCUGAAGUGUCUCAACAACCAAGGUAAAGUGCUCUUAAUGUCACAACCCCUAGUUGGCAAGUCAACGACAUGUCUACCCGCGAGUGCUCUAGUCUCGUCCCAAACUAAUACUCCAUCCCCAGUUUCUGCAACAGUUACAAGUUUACUCCACAGCAACUCAACGUCUGUCACCACAACAACAACAUCAAGCAUCAAGCCUCCUAUAACUAUUUCAAAACCUUUCCUAACGAAUGAGGCUAUUAAGAAGGUCCCCAAUAGCAUUGAUGUUCGGUCACUUGACGGUGGUAGUAGUAGUAGUAGUAGUAGUAGUAGUAGUAGUAGUAGUAGUGGUAGUAGUGCUACUAAAACAUACACAAUUCAUUUGGGUUCAGCUUCUAAUUUACCAGAAGUUUCUGGGCAGAAUGAUUCUGUCUUAAAAGAUAAAGCUAAUCCCAAAAAAGAAAACACACCAGUUAUCUCCCCAUUCCGAGUAACUCCAAAAGGUUUGAUUUCCAUUCCAAGUAGCACAGUUGGGGUGUGUUGGUCAUCACCUGUCACUGUUCAGUCUUCACUUUCACAAAUAAAUAAACCAAAUCCAGUUGCUUCUCAUACCUUGCUCAGUAUGGGUUCUUUGUCUCAAACCAACGUUUUGCCAACGUCCCUCAUGUCUCUGUCUUCUAAAGUGCCAACCACAACAAAUACUUCUGUAAUAUUAUUAUCCUCUUCACCAGUCAACAAGAACACUUCCCUUCUUGCUGCUAGCUCACCUGUAAAGAAAACUAUAACUCCACCAGGGAUUUUCAUUCCGACUGUGACACCUGGUGUCGUUCGACCCCUUGUCAGUGAAAUCAAAAGUACACCAGGCAAAUCUUCCCUUUUACUACUCAGUUCAACAGCGGGUGGCCUAAGUAAGGGACCUAUUGUGACAGGGAACAAAAUUCUUCAAAGCUCUCCAUCUGUUAUGAACAGUGUCUCAGUUUCAAAUACUUCGGGUACAACCACCCCCAUACAGCCUUUCAUCUUGAGCUCCAGUAAUUCUUCAAUCAGUCCUGUUGCUACACGUCUUCCUCUGAUGUCACAGAGCGCUCCAGUGAUAAAUGUUGGUAUGCAAAAUGUGAAAACUCUAGCGAGAUCUGGAGAAUGGCGACAGCCGGUCAGGUGUAAUCUAGUGACUAGCAGUUCUACACUUCAAACGUUGCCUUCAACUUUCAGCACAGGGAAACAAACCUAUGUGUUAACAACCACACGAAAUAAGGGUCUCUCUCUCUUGCCUUCACAUCUCUUCUUGAAAACCAGUACAGAAACGAAACCAGAUGCCUGUCAGUCACUUCUUACAAAAGCUUCAACUUCCAACAUGAACACUACCCAGCCUGUUUUGUCUGGCCUUGGGUCAACACCUAAUACUGUGGCUACCACAUCUAGUAGUUUACUGAACACACCUAGACCUAUGUUGUUCCUUAAGAAUCCUAACAAAACUGCAAUGAUAGUCACACCUGUUAAUAACUCUACCAUGCCAACCGGUAGAAUUUGGCCAUCUGCAUCAGUUGCAGAGAAACCUGCCAACAGUAAUGUUACAAACAGCCAAGAGGGGGCAGGUGCCAAUGUUUCUCUUCAGGUACAAUAUUCAAAUGGUAAUCUGGUCCUGGCCCCGCCAUCUGGCUUUACUAACAACAGCUUAUCACAGAAAGUGCUUCUUAAAGUAAUACCGUCCACUUCAACAUGUAACCCAUCUUCUGUAAGUAGUCUACCAAAGAGCAGUAACGGAACUGUCUCGCUCAGCACUGUAACUACGACUGUUAGCUCUACUGCCUUUCCCAAAACGACAUCUGUGAUUACCAAACAGGUGAGACCAACUGUAUGUGAGAAAAAGAUCCAUGGUUACAAUAAAGCCAAAAAAAUCCAACCAGUUAAUAUCUCAGUUCCUUCAAUCAACCUCAAUGCAUUAACCGACAUGAUGUCAGUCAUCCGAGCUGUAGUCCGUCUGCACCCACUGAUCAGUGAAGGUGUUGACCGUUCUCUACAUCCAUAUGCAACGGAUACUGUUGAACAGUGGCUGUCAUGGAAUAUUGGCAAGAGAAGGGCAUCAGAAUGGCAGAGAGCAUCUUCUGUAAAGAAUUAUAUCCUGAAGUUAUUAUCCGGAUCCGGAUCGAAAAACUUCAGUGCUGCCGAUGUGUGGAGUACCAAACAGAUAUUUACUUGGUGCCGCUUGCAUGCCUACACUCCACACCAUCUUGAAAAACAACUCCAGCAGUCACAGUCGAGUAGCAAAUCUUUCAGUGAAACAUCUUGUACGGUGCAGCCAUUGAGUAGCUUCACUCCGAUGGAGACGAUAGAGAAGAGACUUGAGCAGCUGGAGGAUUCAGCACAGUCUUUAUGUAAUGAAAAUUUCUUGACAGUUGAUGUAAUAUCAAGAGGUCUUCCAAAGGUGAAGAUAAAAAAAGAAGUUGACAUUGAUCCUGUAACUUCUACCGAAGAUUAUAUGUAUUUGCCCUCGCCUAAUGCUUCCAAUUUUGUUCAUGAAACAGCUAGACAAGUGGGUGUGCAGUUUAAACCAACAAAGAUAGAAGACAAUAUCUACAGCCCCUCUUGUGAAUUGAUGAUAUAUUCCUGUAUGGAAAAUAUAAUGUCUGACAUUCUGAGGACAGCUUUUGCCUUGAAAAGUAAAGAAGGAAGGUACCCCGCGGAGCUUUCCUUGCAAGAUAUCCACAAAGCAUUGACUAGUGUACCAGCGUGUGACUUCUUGACCAAUUCUAAUCUCGGUCUCGUUGUAGACUCUGACCACACUCAACCUUCAGUUGACCACAACAAAGAGAAACAUGGUAUUACCUGAACAGAUUCUUGGCUUCAAUGCAACAAUCAUAUUUGAAAGAAAGCAUUCAGCAGGAAGGUGGUGGACCCCUGCUCAUGUCUUCGCCUAAAGUUUUAUUUUUCCUAGUCUUAAAGUGCAAACUAAAUGAUGGUCUUCUUGUGUCACAGAAAUAUAUAAUAUUAUGCUAUAUUAUAUUAUACAAUACGAGUAGUAUUUCCUUGCAUGAAGAAUAGACUACCUCGGUUUCCAUUCGUUAUUAUAUUCAGCUGAGCAAGCGACACCGAGGAGGUAGAAGCUUCAGGAACGGGGGAUGGUGGGGGAAUUUCUCGAAAAUUUCUGGAGUUCUAGCUUAAAUUUCAAUACCUCAGGGAGGAGACACUUGUAUGUGUGUGUGUAUGUGAGUGUGAGUGUGUGAGAGAGAGAUUGAAACAGAUGCCCAUAUGACGGUGGUGGUGUUGAUGAUAGAGCAGGGGAAAGGACUAUUGAGCUUGAAAAAAAUAAAUAUAUAUAUAUGUGUGUGUAUAUAUAUAUAUAUAUAUAGUCGACUUAAAAGCAGGGAUUAAGGGUUGAGCUAUUGGAAACCUGGAUUAAUGGUUGGUAAUAAAUGAGAUGGUACUUAUGCGUGAACUAUAUGAAUAUGACUAUUGAAAUGUUCAUUUGUUUUUCCCACAUGUCUAACAGUGUUUAUAUGUUAUUGAGGUAUAUGAUUCUAUAUAUGUCGUCAUAGCUAUGGACAUCGACAUUCCAUCUCAGGUGUGGGCAUGCUGCACUCAGUUUUAACCCCUUUCUCAAGCUGUUCCCAUUUUUAGAGAUGCUUAAGUCGAGUUGAUUGGCUACACGAAGCUGAUCGACUUCAUAUAGACCCUAGACAUUUCUUUAUCUCCCUCUCAUGUCAGUAGGUAGGAAAUAUUUGGAAAUUCUGUGUAUAAAUAAUUACGUCGAACGUGUGCGAUUAGUGAUUGAUUAUUGCAAAUAUUUGUUGUAUGAGAGGUUUGCAUUGAUUUCAGUUUCCGUGUAAAUAGGUGUGACGAAAAGCGUGGAACCUGUUUUGUGAUUUUGUGUUGGAACCUGUGAAAAUAUUCCAAGAUUUUCCAUUUAAUAAAACGCAACAAAAAUGCUGCAGAUGUUGUUUGUAAAUUUGCUUCUGUAUCCGAACGACUGUCUUGUGUUUUGUAGAAUAACAUUAAUAUGGGGCAACAUUCCACCACACACACAUACACACACAUUUAAUGCACACAUACAUGUGUAUAGCCAUAUACAUACAUACACACACACACACACGCACGCACUCACACAUGUAUAUAUGUAUGUGUAUAUAUUCAUGCACACAUACACAUUUAUAUACAUGAUUCUGUGUAUGUAUAUGAAGCGAGUAUAGUUUUGAAGAUUGUAUACCACCAGUGAGUAUGUCUAAAACAGAAAAACGUACUCAUUUCUAACAUUUAAUGCUUACACUAAAUUCAGAUCCUUUCAUUUUACGCAUCACUGCUCAAAUAAAACUUAAAACUUGUCAUUGAGCUUCCACCUGGGUUUGAACCUUAAAUCUAAGGUUUUCAAAUGACUCUACUGUAGCUAUUAGAAACUAAUAACUCUUGAUCUCGACUUUAGAUAUUCUCUGUAGUUUACCUGUUGCAUGGCAACUAUUUUAGAGUAAGAAGUAAGCUUCUGUGUUUUGGUCCCUAAUUUGAGCUAAAUCAAUGCAUUUCCACUAAUUAAUAAUGGUAAAGAAGUCAUGAACAUCAUUUGGUCCCAGACAUCUCCCUGAUAUAUUUGUGGCCUUCUGUCUCCUGAGUAAAACUAUGUUUGGCCUUGAUCCACACUUACAGGGGGACAUAGAUAGAUAUAUACAUAUUUAUAUACAUGUGUACAACCCAUGCUAGCAUGGAAAACGGAUGUUAAACGCUGAUGAUGAUGUGUUUGUUUCGAGUUCAAAUUCCACUAAGGUUGACUUCACUUUCCGUCCCUUUCCAGGGAUGAUAAAAUAAGUACCAGUUGAUUUCUUGGGGGUCGGUGUAGUUCCUGAAAUCGCUGGCCUUGUGCCAAAAUUUGUAACCAAAUAUAUUCAUGUAUAUACAUAUGUGUGUACAUAUAUAUAUAUAUAUAGAUAGAUAUAGAUAUACAAACACACACACACAUACAUAUUCUUGACUUGGCUUCGUGAGCGAAGAUUUACAGUGGGGCAUGUCCAUAACUGUUGCAGGUUUGUUGGUGCCCAAUAAGCCUGAUUCGGAGCAAACAGGCACAGCCAGAGAGGCUGAGUGAGAAGGUAGGCUGAUCGGGGCUGGCUGUAAGGUCCUUGUUUUAUCUCCUUUUUCUCUCGUCUGCAAACAUGGUCCUGUAAGUAUCUUCAAAGGAGAGAACCUGACAAAAUAUCUUGAAACAUUUUAAAUUAUUUAGCAUUUGGUUCUCAAUUAAAAAACCCAUUUAGAAGAGGGGCUGGGGGGUUACAGUUUUGAUUUUUAUCCUCCAGUGGGAUAAAAUAACUGUUUGUAAGACACUUGUGUAUAUUCAGCGAACCUUAUCUCUCUCUCUCUCUCUAGAAACAAACAAAAGAAAAAUUAAACCAUUGGCCUUGUAUCAAAUCAAAAGAAAAUACACGAAAUCUUUUAAUAGCCACAACACAGCAGUUUAUUUACUGCCUGCACUGCGAGACCCCCCCCCCACUCGCCCAAAAGCUUGUUAUUAUUAAUGUGAUAUUUAUGUGUGUAAGUGUAAAUGUGUGUAUUUGUGUUCAGCAUGCAAUAUCCUUACUUUGAAAGCAAGUAUCUGUUCCCACAACAGUUCAGAAUUUUCGCCCACCCCCAAUAACUAAACUGAUAUUUUUCAACUACGGCACCUAAAAAAAAAAAAUAAUAAAUAAAUAAAAAUAAUAAAAAAAAUGUGAAAAUAAAGUUGGUCUAGUUA